CGCCGCGCUGACAGACCGACCGCAGGACGCUUCACCCCUUGACCGCCUCCGCGCACCUCUUUGUCACCGGUGCUGCGGGUUCACGCGGAUUAAAUCCUCAACCAGCUUCCAGACGAACCGAUCCGAACCCCCCACAUCCAUCCAAGAAGAAACCAUCUCCAGAGGAACAUGGGAAAGGAACAUAUCUACUUUUUCACCCUUUGGAUAACUUUGGGAAACAUUUAUGCAACUUUUUCUUCAGAUCUUGAAUUUAACUCCACAUCUCUGUUUGCAGUAAACAGCACAGCCGCUCCGCUGCCGACCACCACUGAGUGGAUGACGGAUUACACCGACAUCCUGUCCAAGUUCUCGCUGCGCACCGCAGAGAUCCCCGAUGAGGACAUGUGCUACAUCGAAGCCGGCCAGCCACAAACCAUCAAGGACUGUGAAUUCAACGCAGAAGCUCAGACUUUCAUCGUCAUUCAUGGCUGGACGGUAACGGGGAUGUUUGAAAGCUGGGUGCCUAAGCUGGUGUCUGCGCUGUACGAGCGCGUGCCAAGCGCCAACGUCAUCGUGGUGGACUGGCUAACCCGCGCCAGCCAGCACUACCCCACCUCCGCCUCCUACACCAAACUGGUGGGCCGUGACGUGGCCAAGUUCAUUACCUGGAUACAGAACGAGCUGCAGCUGCCCUGGGAGCGGAUUCACGUGCUGGGUUACAGUCUGGGGGCGCAUGUGGCCGGAGUGGCGGGGCACCUCACCAACAAUAAGAUCAGCAGGAUCACAGGUCUGGAUCCCGCCGGCCCCUCCUUCGAGCACGCAGACAACCAGAGCACCCUGUCCCGAGACGACGGCCAGUUCGUGGACGUCCUGCACACCAACACCCGAGGCUCCCCCGACCGCAGCAUCGGCAUCCAGAGGCCCGUGGGGCACAUCGACAUUUACCCCAACGGAGGCACCUUCCAGCCGGGCUGCGACAUCCAGAACACCCUGCUGGGGAUUGCAUCAGCGGGGAUCAAGGGUCUCCAGAACAUGGACCAGCUUGUCAAGUGCUCCCACGAGCGCUCCAUCCACCUGUUCAUCGACUCCCUGGUGAACACCCAGCACCAGAGCAUGGCGUACCGCUGCAACUCCAAGGAGGCCUUCAACAAGGGAGUGUGCCUGAGCUGCAGAAAGAACCGCUGCAACAAGCUGGGCUACAACAUCAACAAGAUCCGCACGGCCCGCAGCACCAAGAUGUACCUGAAAACGCGCGGCAUGAUGCCCUACAAAGUUUUUCACUAUCAAGUGAAGGGACACUUCUUCAGCAAGGGUGAACAGAACUUCACGGAGCAGCCGAUGAAGAUUUCCUUGUUUGGAACUCACGGGGAGACCGAAGACAUCGCCUUUGUCCUGCCAGAACUGAGCUGCAACAAAACGGUGUCAUUCCUCAUCACCACCGACGUGGACAUCGGCGAGCUGAUGAUCGUCAAGCUGCGCUGGGAGAAGGACACCCUCAUCAGCUGGUCCGACUGGUGGGGCAGCAGCAAGUUCAACAUCCGUAAGCUCCGCAUCAAAUCCGGAGAGACUCAGUCCAAGGUGAUCUUCAACGCCAAGGAAGGAGAGUUUACGGAUCUCGUCAGAGGAGGGGAGGACGCCGUCUUUGUCAAGUCAAAAGAAGACAACAUCAGCCGCAAAGAAAGGCGGAUGCACAGACUCAAAACGAAGGGCAGUCUUUUCGGGGAGAACGACGCCUGAAGCUGCUCUUCCAACCAUCUUCACACGCGGCCAAAGAAAGAGAGGACACCGAACCCCAGACAAGCCUAUUGAAGUGAACUCUUCACCUCUUGAAAGCAUUCGUUUUUUAUUUUUCCUUUUUUCCCCGAACUCCCACUGCAACCAACACAACCUCAUCCGUAGCGAUGGAAGCAAGUCGUGAUUUUUCGUGUCUUUCCGCAAAUUCUGCUGCUGAAAAAGUUGAUGAAAGUUUUGUCAGCAUCUUCGGCCUCGUUGUAAUCUUGCUUGUAUAUCCCGCCUGUUCUGUUUGAGCCAUUGAAUUCCCGUGCCUAUGUGAACUUGGAUUAUUUGUAUCUCAUAAAUGAUUCGUAGUGACAGGCAUAACUGAGAGAAAUCUUUGUGUUGACGUUUGUUGUUUUUGUUGUCCUGUGUUUGUAUUAACCACUAGUUACCAACAAUCGACAGGGACCAAAGAGACAUUUGAUAUCUACUGAACAAAAAAAUGACAGCAUUACCUGUAAAUACAUUCAUCUGUAUCAGUAUUUUUUAAAAUACGACUUAUGUGUUAAUACCUUGUCUCUAGACGCCUUGAUUUUUAUUUCUGUGCUUGUAUUGGUUUUUGUGUCACUAGUCACUUUAAAACAACUUUGCAGCCAUUUAGAUGUCAACAUUUUUCUCCCUAAGAGAUCAGCGUUCUUAUGUUUUAGUCUUGUUUUAGUCAGAUUAACUGCAUUCAUAAUUUAGAAAUUCUCUUUGAUUUAUUACCCAUAAUUCACCAGAGCAGAGGCGCUUCAAAUGACCAUUCCUCAGCCUUAGAAAUAAAAGCCAAAACCUGACAAAGCUGCUUAAUAAAUACAAAAAAAUAAGUAAAUACUUAUUUUUGUACAUUUCUACAUUUGUAUAUAAAGUUUUAUUUUGGGCGUGCUCCUAUUAUUGCUGUUUGUGUUUCCAUAUUUAAAGCGUUUUGUGUUUUUCAUAGAUGAGAUGUGGGGAGAAAUGAUCCGUUUGGACCUCACUGUUAAAGGAAAGAGCCAGAAACUGUUAAUAAAUAAAAACUUAUACUUCUCAACAA